GUACAGAAUAACGACCUACUGUGUAUAGUUUACCGAUCAUUGUCUCGAAAAUGAGAGCCAGCUAAUGUUCAGAUAACUACCUAAUCUUUACGGGCACGUUAUUUUUAUCUGAUGGAUUCCGUGCAAUCCUGUGUUUCCUAAACUUUCUAUUCGAUAUUCGCAGAGUUUCAUGCAUAGAAGUCGGAAGCAAUCCACCAAUCUUUACAAAACAAAACAAUGCCUGCAACACCGCUCUCUCUGGCGUGGCCCUCAUUCAGGCCAUACACCUGCACAUCGUGUCUGUUACGUCUCUCGAGAGUAUCCAGGCGCUCUCACGCUUCCUCUGCACCGAUAAUUGGAUCGCGACCCAAGAAGUCGAAAGCAUCACUUCCCGACGUCCCAGCCCGAACACGCUUCGCACCAUCACCGACUGGUUUCCUCCACCUAGGCUCUCUCCGAACGGCACUAUUCAAUUACCUCCUCGCACGCCGCACGGGCGGCCAAUUUUUACUCCGAAUCGAGGAUACAGAUCAAAAACGAACAGUCCCAGGCGCUGAAGCGCGACUGCUGGAAGAUUUACGGUGGGCUGGAUUGGAAUGGGAUGAGGGCCCCGAAGUUGGAGGCCCCCACGGGUCAUAUCGUCAAUCCGAGAGGAGCUCCUUGUAUCGUACCCACGCGCACGAUCUUCUACAGUCCGGGCAUGCAUAUCGAUGUUUCUGCACUCCAGAACGCCUCCGUACCCUUGCGGAACAUCGCCACGGCUUGGGUCUCGCCACUGAUUACGAUAGAACCUGCGCCAACAUUCCCAGGGAGGAAUCCGACGAUCGUGCGCACCGCGGGGAGAAACAUGUCAUUCGAUUGCUCGCUUCCACAACAUAUCCUGCCUAUCAAGACAUAGUUUAUGGCGCCUUCAAACCUCUGAAACCACGCCUUCAGGGUGAUAACAGCUUCGAGGACCCGAUCCUCCUGAAGUCGGAUGGAUUGCCAACAUAUCACCUUGCUAACGUCGUGGACGACCAUCAUAUGCAGAUCACACAUGUAAUCCGAGGUUCAGAGUGGAUGCCUUCCACGCCCAAACAUAUUGCCAUGUACGAUGCAUUCGGCUGGGCCCCUCCACAAUUCGCGCACGUUGGUUUACUAGUUGACGAACAUGGUAACAAGUUGAGUAAACGUAACUUCGACACCGAUAUCCAGGCAUUCAAAGAUAUGGAGAUAUUUCCCGAGACAUUGACCAAUUUCGCGGCUCUUUUAGGAUGGAGCCACCAAGGAAGAAGCGAUGUCAUGGAUUUGAACAAGCUAGUCGAGAAAUUUACGCUGAAGUUCACCAAGGGAAACACAACGGUCACCUUUGGUAAAUUACAGUUCCUACAAAGAAAGCAUGCAGCGGUGCGUGCGUUGGCUGGUGGUGAGGGCCGACAGGAUAUGGUGCAGAAUGUCCUCUCCCUACUCCAAGACCCGGAAGGUCCCUAUCAAGACUGGCAAUCGCACAUAAGCGGGUCGCCAUCAACAUUCGUUGAGCAGAUUAUUCAAUCAGAUGGAGAGAACUAUACGAACGCAAAUGAAUUUGUGCACCGGAACUCAUUCAUGUUCAAAAGGCUGCGGCAAACUCCAAACUCAAUACACGAUAAAGACAUUGCGUUUAGAGUGAAGGCAUUGGGGGAUACAAAGUCAUGGUCUAGAGAGGAACUGAUGCAAAAGGUUCGCGAAAUCAUCGAUGAUAGACCUGAGGGUAGGAAAGGGUCAAAAGACGUCUAUCAUUACUUGAGGAGCGCUCUCACAGAUCGAGAAGAUGGAAUGCGGAUCUACGACGUAAUGAUGAUCCUUGGCCGAAAGGAGACCCUGGCAAGAUUAGGAAUAGAGGAAUCAUAGAACCGAAAGGCGUAGUUUAGACACCCAGGUGUACAGUACUCGUACUGUUGACGUGUUUGUUUUGAAGUUCGCAAUAAACCAUGAAGAUAUAUUUC